AUGCAUUAUGACUCAGCUGGGGAACAAAAGAAGUUGCAAUUGCAAGAGCUAGAGGAGAUGUGCCUUGAAGCUUAUGAGAACUCAAGAAUUUACAAAGAAAAGACCAAGAGGUACCAUGACAAGAUGAUAUAUAGGAAAGAAUUUUCCAUUGAUCAAAAUGUCCUUUUGUUCAACUCUUGCCUCAAACUCAUGUUCGAAAAGCUCAAAUCAAGGUGGAUUGGACUAUUUACAGUCACAAAGGUAUUUUCUCAUGGUGUAGAUGAAAUCCAAAGUGACUCCACUAACAAGAGCUUUAUGGUGAAUGGACACCGUUUGAAGCACUUCCUGCAAAGUCCAGUUCUUUUGGAAGAGGUUGAAGAGAUUGACUUACAUGCCCUUAUCAUGAACUUCAACCAUAACCCUUGCCCUGAGUAA